AUGGACAUGGAAGAUCGUCAGGUGCAACGGGACGGAGUCGCCGUGAAGGCCACGAUCACCGCCUGCGAACGAGGUAGCGAAUGGGAAGGAGCACUUCUCUUGCUGUCCUUCAUGGAGCUUGUGGCACUUCAACAGGAUGUGGUGGCGUUCAAUGCCGUGAUGAGUGCUUGUGAGAACGUGGGGGAGUGGCAAGUGGCUUUGCAUUUGCUGCGGUCCAUGGACUCCUUGGAGAUCCAACCAGAUGAGAUCUCCUUGAAUGCUUGCCUGAGCUCCUGUGAAAAGGCGCACGAAUGGCAGGUGGCCCUCCAGCUCCUGGUUUUCGCCGAAAACGCCGACGUCAUCGGCUACAACGCGGUCAUCAGUGCUUGUGCCAACUGUGGCGAAUGGCGAAUGGCUUUGGCUGUGCUGGCCAAAAUCACCGAAGUGCAGGCGUUGCCCAACUGUAUCAGCUUCAGCGCCGCCAUCAGUGCCUGUGAAAAAGCUUGGCGUUGGCAGGUCGCCUGCAGCUUGCUGGAUGAGAUGCCACGCUGGAAGGUUGAGAUGAAUGUGAUUGGAUGCAACGCAGCGCUGAGCGCCUGCGAGAAGUGCACGGUGUGGCCGGUGGCGCUGGAGCUGCUGAACGCCUUUCCAGCGCUGGCAGUCCGUGCUGAUGCGAUCAGCUACAAUGCGGUGCUGAGUGCCUGCGACAAAGGCAAAGAGUGGCAGCUAGCGUUGUUUCUCCUUUCGCAGCACGUGGCCCCUGAUGAGAUUAGCUGCAAUGCGGCCAUCAGCGCCUGUGCCAAAGGUGACGAGUGGCGCCCGGCGACGGCGCUCUUCGGGAGCAUCGAGUGCCGUGGCCUUCAGCGUGACCUCAUCAGCCACAACGCCGCUUUGGCAGCCUGCGCGCGUGGCUUCCAGUGGCGCUGGGCCGCUCUCGUGCUUCAGCACUGCGACGUGGAGCCGGAUGCCAUCUCCUUGAAUGCCGCGUUGGAUGCUUGUAAAGGUCGAGGCGCUUGGCGUGCCUUGUUGGAUUUCUUGUCGAUGGCAGAAUGCCGGAAGCUCUCGAAGACAGUGAUCACGCUGAACACCGCACUGUUGACCUUCAACAAGGCCGGGCGUUGGCAGCUGGCGCUUUCGACCUCGCCGGGCAACGCCAUCAGUCGCAGCCUGGGCUGCGCGGCCUGCAGCUUCGCUGGACGUGUGCGGCAGCUGCGCGAGGUGCUGGGCGAGUUGGAGCAGGAUGGCCUUGAAGCGAACCUGAUGCUAGCGCCAAAGGCGCGCCAGCUGCGCAUGAAGGAGAAAGAGAAAAAGGAAGAUGCUGAUGGCGGAAAGCGUGCGCGGGGGGGUGGGUGCUGUGGGGUGCUUGCUGCCGGUUGGGGCGGGUUUUUUAUCGAAAAGGAUGUAUCGAUGAAGGAGGAUGAGUUGAAGUUGAAGCCUUUCGUCAAGGAGCUGCGGCGGAGCCAGGAUCGCUUGAGGAAGGAGGUGCUGAACGGUCAGGCCAUGAUCCUGUCGGAGCUCAGGAGCCUCCACGACUUCUGGAAAGAUCAACUUGGCAUCGGGCAAAGCCUCCCGAGCCGACCGCUGGACGCGGACCGCGACGUCCUGGACGUGGUGGCGAGGGGUGCAGACCGCGAGGUGGACAGCGGCCGCUUCGGGCCGGAUGGCCUCUCCAAGGAUGUGGAGGAGUUCACGGAGUCGGUGGUUGGGUCGUUGGAGGGUCGUCCGGUCGCCGAGAUCAAGAACAUUGAGGGCUUGACGUCCGUCUUCGCCGACGACCUGGAGAGGCGUGCGAAAUGGCCGCUGCAGCCCCGUCGCGCCGCGCGGCCGCCCGGCGACGGCCGCACGGUGCGCUUCGCGCCGGGCGACGGGCACGAGGGCGUCCGGUGGACGAGCACGGCGGGAGGCGCCGCGAUGGAGGCAGCCUUGGAGAGAAGAGACUUCCGCAAGAUCGCCACUACCUCUUCAAGCAGCAAAGAACUGCCCGGUAGUGACCUUGCGAGCCGGCAACGGCUAAGAAGGCCUUCGCAGGAGGUAGCGAGCGACGAAGCUGAGCUAUUCUGA